GGGGCGCGGGAGGGGGGCCGGCGGUGCCGCGGGGGGGGGCCAUGGCGGUGCCGCCGCCGCCGCCGCCGGGCCCCGAGCAGGCCCCGCGAUACCAGGAGUGGAUCCUGGACACCAUCGACUCGCUGCGUUCGCGCAAGGCGCGGCCGGACCUGGAGCGCAUCUGCCGCAUGGUGCGGCGGCGGCACGGCCCCGAGCCCGAGCGCACCCGUGCCGAGCUGGAGAAGCUGAUCCAGCAGCGCGCCGUGCUCCGCGUCUCCUACAAGGGCAGCAUCUCGUACCGCAACGCCGCCCGCGUGCAGCCGCCGCGCCGCCCGCCGCCGCCCGCCCGCCGCCCGCCGCCCGUCAGCCUCCGCGACACCGCGCGGCUGCUCGGCGGCGACGGCCGCCUCACCCGCGGCCGCCUCCAGGGCUCGGCCGCCCCCGGGGCGGGCGGCGGCGGCGGAGCGGGCGGCGGGGCCCGGCCCGAGCGCACCCGGCUGGGCGCCAUCGCCACGGCCCGCGGGGAGCGCGGGAGAGCGGCUGCGGGGAGGGCGCGGAAGCCCCCCUGCAGCAGCAGCGAGGCCUCAGCACGGGAGGAGGAGGAGGAGGAGGAGGAUGAGGAUGACGAAGACGAGGACGGGACGGGCUCGGAGGCCUCCGAGGACGCGGGGCCCCCCCGACAGCUGAAUGGGGAGGGCCGGGGGGGGCCCCCCCUGCGUCCCCCGGGGCAGCCGCCCCCCGAGCGGCCCCCCCAGCCCAAGGCCUGCGCCCCGGGGGAAGGGGGCUGCCAGCACAUGGCCCCCCUCAAAAAGGAGGGGGCCUUCGGGCAGCCUGACAGAGCAGUGUCCCCGGCGCUGGCGGGGGCUGAGCCCUCGGUGCCGCUGUCCCCAGGCCGGCCGGGCCCCCAGGCUGCCGAGGGGGCCCCGUUCAGCUGCACGGCUGGGCGCAAGGACAAGGCCGUGGACCCGGUGGAGUGGUCGGUGCGGGACGUGGUCGAGUACUUCACCGAGGCCGGCUUCCCUGAGCAGGCCGGGGCCUUCCAGGAGCAGGAGAUCGACGGCAAGUCGCUGCUGCUGAUGCAGAGGGCCGAUGUGCUCACCGGGCUCUCCAUCCGCCUGGGCCCCGCGCUCAAGAUCUACGAGUACCACGUGAAGCUGCUGCAGCGCAGCCACUUCCAGGACGAGGAGCCCCCCCCGGAGCCCUUCCCGGCCUGAGAGACCCCCCCAGAGCCACGGGGGCCCCCCCAGAGCCGCAGGGACACCCCCAGACCCACGGGGACACCCCCAGACCCACGGGGACACCUCGGUAUCCGGGAGGGCUCCUCCCUCCCCCCGCUGCUGCACACAGAGACUUUGGGGGGUGGGCGGGGGGGUCACGGGGGUCCCACCUCUCUUUGGGGGAGUCCCAUCCCUAUUUAGGGGGGGGGUCUUGCCUCUCUUUAGGGUCCCACCUCUCAUUUGAGGGUUCCCGCCUCACUUUGAGGGGGUCUCAUCUCUCUUUUGGAGAAUCCCAUCUUUCUUUGGGGGUCCCACCCCUCUUUGAGAGGUCUCUUUUUUGUGGGGGCACUGCUCUAGGGGGACACCCCUCUUUGGAGGCACUGCCUCUCUUUUGGGGGGGGGUCUCACCCUGUUUUUGGGGGCGCUUCUCUUUGGGGGGGUCAUUUCUCCGGGGAAUCCCACCCCUCUUUUGGGGGGGCUUCUCCUUGGGGACCCCUCUUUUGGGAGGGGGCACUUCUCUUUAGAGGGGUCCUCCCCUCUCUUUUGGGGGGGAUCCCACACCCUGAGGGGUCACCCCUCUUUUGGGGGGGGCCACCUCUCUUUUGAGGGGGUCGCCCCUCUUGUGGGGCGCCUCUCUCUGGGGCGCAUUGGGGGUGGGACACCCCGCUCCUACUGGGGUCACUCCUCUUUUGGGGGGGCCCCUCUGGGGGCGGGGUCACCCCUCCUUGAGGGAGCCCCUUUUUAGGGGAUCCCCCUUUUCUUGGGGGGGAUUUUUACCGCGGGGGGAGGGGGUUGGGGGGCUCUGCCCGGAGAUGUUUUAACUUUCCCCAGCCUGUGCCCCCCGCCCAAAUUAGGGUGCGGCCCCCCCAUCCCUUGGCCACGAGGGGGGGGAGGCCCCCCCAACCGCCCCCCCCCCGCAGUCUGUGCCCCCCCUUUCCCCGGGCCUGGCUCGUUUUGCGUUUUUUUAAAUAAAAAUGAAAAAAUGAAA